AUGUCGAUGCCCUCUACUUCAUCAACGGGCACCCUUGCCCGAGGCGACCGUCCGAUUAUUCCCCUUGAACGGAUGAGUUGUGACCUGCCAUAUCCAACCACCGAGCAUGUCAUCAAAGAGGAGCCUCUCGACGAAGCUAUCUCUCAGUUCAAGAAUGUCAUGUCCCUCAGCCACCCGAGGGAGAAAGUUUUCUUCUUAAAGAGAAUUGUGGAUAAAAAUCCCCGAUUCGAUAUCCUGUUUCAGAUUGGGGGAGGUACACAACGCCCCAGAUUCAACGACUCCGACGCCUCAUCGGACACUGCCCGCACGAUAUCAGACGCAGGUCAGAACAUUUUCGUCGUCAAAGAAGGACCAAACAUCAAGCUCCUUCAGUCAGUAGCGUCUGCCGCUUACACGGCAGACAGACCUGAAGCAAACACUAGAAUCAUGUUCGCUUUAAAGACCUGCGGCUUCAUAAGUACGAGGGAUUGCAAAGGCCAACUGCAUGUUCUGAAAGUUGCGGCCAGCGGUAUAUCUUUCAAGCCCCUCGGAGACUCUGAUCGCCGAGGCUUGCUAUACAACAGCAAAUGGAUUGACCGGGUAAAAAGGAUUGCGAGGAUUCUCAAUAUCAACAUGGGAAGUUUUUAUGACGGCUGUGGCCGGACUGCUACACCGGAACAAGUCGGAAGAUGGGCAGCCGGACACGUUGAAAAAAAGCUCGCGACGCACAUUGUCUUUGUACACCUGAAGAAGUUGGGCAUUCAAGCUACGAAUAUCACGAUCGAGGAGCUCAAACGUCUUAGAACGUGCCUUGCAGAGCAGGGCUACAGGCCUCAGUACGAGAUCCAUCUAACCCGAGGACCUUGUGGCGUCCCUCGACGUUCGGGCAAGUGUGUCCCGUUCGUCUCUCGGCUGGGAAGACUCACAGGGAUUCGAUUCAAAAUCUGGUCGUGGGAGAAGAAUGUCAUACUAGACGGCCUUGAGCCACGCAAGCCGAGAGUAUACAUAUCGAAGAAGGAAAUGCUGGAACGAUUUGGGCAUCGAGAAGUCCCCCUGGACAACGAGGUGGAACAGGUCGAGCAUGAAUUUGAGGAAGAUGACUGGAGAGAUAUCGUUGGCGAGGGUGAUGAUGACGGUGGCGACCAAGGGACCGAAGAGAGUGACAAUGAAGGAAUCGACGAGGACAUCCCAUGUGGCGAUGGAGGCGACGGUCAAAACUCCGACAACGGAACUAACCUUGCUUCUGGAAUGGUCGACGUAUCAACCUCUUCGGAACAGCAACCGAAAGCACAUCAGCCAGGCGCCUCGAAAACGAUCGAGAAGAGACUUCGUUUGCCAGACAUUAUCCCCAAGCCGCUGCCACCAACCCCGACCACGUCCGUCCCGUCAACGCAAACUCGUCCUGUUUCCGUCGAGCCCUAG